ACAGCCGAGCCAAGAGCCGAACUCGCAUCUGGCUAGAUAGCACUAGCGCAGGCGAUCAAGGAUGACACGGGAAUUGUCCGCGGACGUGCUCGUGAGCAUCGUCCAGCGGCUCCCUCCGAGCACCCGGCGGCUGACCCGCCUGGUCUGCCGGCACUGGUGUGACGUCGUGGACACGCGCACUGCGGAGAUGCAGAGCCGCGCCAAGCUUCUCGUGACCACCGGCGAGGGCUCCGCGUACUUCGUGGACGAUCCAUCAGCAGGGAGGCGCAGAUAUCUAUGGAAAAACAACGCCAGCCCCGGCGAAGGCAGCACGACGACGAUGGUCGUCGGCACCUGCAACGGCCUGAUCUGCCUCCGCGACAAGCGCAAGUCCGACGGCGCCAUCACUAUGGUCAACCCGGUCACCGGCGAGAGGCUGUCUCUCCCGCCGCUGCCGUCCGCCGCCGGCGCCCCGAAAAGGACCUGCUUCGUGGGCUGGGGCGAGGCGUAUGGCUUCGGAUACCACCCCUCCACCACCGGCGCCUCGGAAAGGGGCUGGCACGAGGCGGGUACCACCCCACGGCCGGGCGGCACAAGGUCGUGCAUGUGGACGCCUACGCUAGGAAAGGAAAGUUGCAGGAGCAGGUGAAGGUGUUCACGUUGGGGGAGUCUUCAUGGCGGGGCGUUGCUACGGGCUCUCUCCCGAGAUGCAAUUACAGCGCCGGCAUCGUGUGCGUCGACGGCACCAUGUACUGGGCCGCCAAGAACGGGAAGAAGCUCAUGGCGUUCGACCUAGACCGCGAGCGCCUCACCUUCAUCAAGUCACCACAGGAUGCGCCGUCUGACGGCUGGCACCUGACGGAGGUGCGGGCGAGGUUGGCGAUCCUGUAUCCUCUCAAGCCGGUUGAAAAGUCCGAGGUGUGGGUUCUAGAGGACGCGUUGACAAUGAAAGAGCACAUGUGGAGCCGGUUGUACAUAGUGGAGUCGGACAUACCACCGCACUUAUCGCCGAUGUCCCGUCAUCUCACUAGGGAUGUCGUGAGUAAACACACGUUGAGCAACGAUAGCGGUGGGGUGGAGAUCCACGAGAAAAGUUGGGGAAGGAUAAUCCUUAGUAGACACACAUUCGCCUACGUGGAGACAACA